AUGACUAAAAAAUCAUCGUCCAUAUCAUCAAUAAGUAAUAGAACAUUUGUUCUGGAACUUGGUCGAGAUGUUCGUUUCAAAGCUAAACAAGAAUUGGUGAAUUAUUUACGUGAACAAAAUGCGCAUAUUUCAUAUAUUUUAACAGCUAGUGCUGAUUAUGUUUUGGUUUCAAAUGAUGCUGAUACAUAUAAAACUCGUCGAGCAAAACAGCUCGGUAUACCAUUAAUCAAUUUUGAAUAUAUUUAUGCGUAUCGUGAUGCAUCCAAAGAAAAUCAACCGAUUGAUCUUAAACGAUUUAUUGUAACAUCAGCAGAAGAUAAAGAGAAUUUUCUAAAAAAAUGUACAGUGAAGCCUAUCAAAUUAGAUUUGUCAAAAAUAAAGAUUUGGAAUUCGGAUGAUGUUGAAUUACCACGUUUUCAUGAAUUAACAUUUGCUGAAAUUGGUAAAUGGGCUAUUUUCAAAGAAACAAAUGACAACUCUGAUGUUUAUUUUGCUAUUGAACUUCAGAUAAUCCCAGAGGAAUAUAAUAAUCAAUCAAAUAAUGAUUAUCGACUAAGAUUUCGUUAUGAAAAACGAACUAUAACAAAAUCAAAAGGUAACAUAUCUUUAAUUCAAUAUGCAUUUAGUAAUGAUAUUAAUGAAUUACAUCAAUUUUCAAAGUUAUUAUUACGAUCUUUAUUUCUUGAUCGUAUUGAUACACAAAUGCUUGAUGAUAAUGUUUGUCAAUUAGUCGAAUCUCUUUGGAUUGAAUCAAUUAGCGAUUUGAACAACAUACUUGCUGUAAAACCAGAGACAAUAACUCUUAAGACCAUUGUUGAAGCAGAAGCUGCUUUACUAGAAAUUGCAUCCGAUAGUAAAUCAUCAUCAGAAGCAGAAAAACGUUUCCAUUCACUUAUUCCCCAUCAAAAAGCAUUUGUUGUUGAUCUUACUAAUAAUCGUCGUAUAUUAGUUGAUAAAUUAGAUUUAUGUCAGAUGCUACGCGAUAUGGUUUCUGUAAAUGAAUUAACAAAUUGGAAUAUAAAAGCAUCGGUCGAAGCAAAAUGUCGAGCAUUAAAAUGUCAUAUAGAACCCUUAAAAAUGAUACAAAUGAAUAAUAAAAGUUUUGUAUAUUUUUACAGUAAUGAACAGGUGAUUAUUCAUCAAAUAUAUUCUGUAGCUAAACAAACAGAUACACUUAAUUUUCGUUCAACACUUUUUAAUCAAAAACAAUUUUUUCACGGAUCAAAAUAUAAUAAUUCUCUUGGUAUUCUAUCGCGUGGUUUGCUCAUGCCCAAAGUGGUCGUUAAUAAUUUAGGAGUAGUACGUACUGAUAUUGGAUGUUUAGGAUAUGGACUUUACUUUUCUGAUUCUGCUUCAACAUCAUUAAAAUAUACAACACCUAGUGUUACACGUCCUGAUCGACGAUUAUUAUGUAUAUCUCAAGUAGCAUUAGGAGAGUCCGCGAAAUUCUAUUCAUACACAUCAAAUUUAACUCAACCACCUGAAAAUUUUCAUAGUACACAUGGAGUGAAAAAAAAUGAUGAAAAUAAUUCAAAGUUUGUGGACGAUGAAUAUGCUAUUUAUAAUCUUGAUCAACAACGAUUACUCUAUCUUGUUGAACUUUCAUGGAUACCACAUGAUAAUGUUAAUCAAUCGUCAAUAUUAUUACCAAUUAUUCGUGAUAAUUUAAUGAAUCAAUCGAAAUCAUUGUCAGGUGAACUGGACGUUCCUUUAACAAUUGAAGAUGAAGUAAUCCAAGUUGCAGAACAAGACUAUGGCUUAAUUUGUCCAUCAUCAGGUCAACUUAUUCCACUUAAAGGUUUCCAUAUUCGCGCUCAACUUGUUGAUGUUACUGCUGAAGUUGUUCUUUAUCAAGUUUAUCAUAAUACAAGUACAACACCUAUUGAAGCAAAAUAUGUAUUUCCUCUUGAUGAAAAUUCAUCUGUUUGCGGUUUUGAAGCUCAUAUUAAUAAUAAGAUAAGUAAAGGUAUUGUAAAAGAAAAAGAACAAGCUAAACGUGAAUAUCGUGAAGCUAUUGAGAAAGGUCAUGGUGCAUAUUUAAUGCAUCAAGAACAACCAGAAGUAUUUAGUGUGUCUGUUGGUAAUUUGCCAGCUAACUGUGAAGUGAUUAUUAAAAUUACUUAUGUUACUGAAUUAUCUAUUGAAAAUAAUGAUAUUAUAUUCUGUCUACCAGCUAAAGUGGCUUCAUGGCAAUCAAAACAAGUCUUAGAAAUGCAAAAUCAAACUGUACUUCCAUCAGUUAAUCUUGAACAAGAUAAUUCUUCAAUGAAAUCAGUUGAAUUUAGUCUUAAAGCAUCAGUACGUAUGCCGUAUGAAAUAGAAAAACUGUUUUCACCAACACAUCGACUUCGUCGAAAAAUCACUGAUUGUCUUGCUAUGAUUGAAUUUAUUGAUAAUGUUCUACUGGAAAAAGAUUUUAUUCUUUCAGUAACACUUAAAAGUGUUAAUCUACCAAGAUUGUUAAAUGAAACAUAUGUUUCAUUCGAUACAAAUAAUAAUAAUAAUCGAUUGGCCAAUGAAAAUUCUCAAGCAUGCAUGUUAACGUUUUAUCCAAAAUUCGAAAUUGUUAAUAAUGCAAAUGAAUAUGUUGAAAUUAUUUUUACUAUUGAUGUAUCAAAUUCUAUGGAUGGAAAACAUGUACAACAAGCAAAACAGUUAGCACAUUUAUUUUUAGCGAAUAUGAAAACAGAUGGUAGAAAUAUUCUUUUUAAUAUUGUUACAUUUGGAUCAGACAAUGAUGAAUGUUUUCCUAUUUCAUCUCCUAAUACAAAAGAAAAUAUUGACAAAGCGAAAUAUUUUGUUUUGCAUUCACUCGAUCAUCGUGGUAAUACUGAUCUAUUUUCUGUACUUCGCCAAUAUUCUCUUUUACCAUCUUCCUCUAAACCCAGUCGACAAUUUAUUCUUCUUUCUGAUGGACACAUCAAUAACCUGAAAUCUAUUUUAAUUUUAUUAGAAAAUCAAUCAUCUAUGCGUCAUGAUCGUUUAUUUGCAUGUUCAAUUGGUGAUACAUCAAAUAAACAUAAUUUAAGGCAAUUAGCUAAUGGAACAAAUGGUGGUGGUUCAACGACUAUAUUUGAUUCAAAUUAUCGUUCAAGAUGGAAAUUAAAAGUACUUCAAAUAUUUGAACAUGUUGGUCAACCAUGUGUUACAAAUAUAUCAAUUGAUUGGCAUGGAACUAUUGACAAUCAACAAGAAAAGUUUACUAAUCAAGCACAAAAACGAAUUCGAUCAUUAUUUGAUGGCAUGUUCUUGACUGCAUAUCGUUUUAUACGAAAUUGUCUUAAAGCAACAUUAACAGCAACAAUAAAUAAUCAAGAAUAUGUUACAACUGUAUUUAGUAAUAAGAUAACUGACACAAAAGGACGUAUUUUACAUUGUUUAACAGCUCGUGCUAUUAUUCAAGAUUAUGAAAAUAGUUUAUUACAUGAUGAUGAAUGUGAAAAUGAACUUAUUAAAAGAUAUUCAUUUACAAGUUUUGUAGCUAUAGAAGAACGUGAUGGACACGUACUUGAGUCGGGUGUUCGAUUACUGGAUGUUAUGCUUGAAAAUGGCAAUGAUUUACUUCCAUACACUGGUUGGGAUGGUGAACGAUCUCAAAUAGAUAUAAUUAAAGAUAAAAUAAUUAACGCAAAGCGUGUGUUUGAUAGUGCGUCAAUAUCAAAUAAAAUUGAAUUAUCAAUUGAGUAUGAAAAGCUUUGUCAAAAUAUAUCGUAUCGUUCUAGUGGUGAUGCAAAAUAUGAGUUAAUAUUAGCCAUAGCUGAUACAUAUAGAACAACGUUCCAAGAAAAAGAAAAAGCACGACAAUUAUAUGACAAAAUACGGGAAGAUUUAAAUAAUGAAAUUAUUAAUGCAACAAUUAAUGAAAGAAAAAUAUUAGAAAAACGAUUGAAUGAAAUGAACUUACGUAUUAACAAGGAUUUAUUAGAAGAUUUUGAAGACAAAGGUACACUAUGCGAUGAAAAUGAAGCUAGUGAACCAGAAUUAUCUUUCAGUGAUGAAUCUGAUUUUCGCAGUCGUUAUGAUGGUGAGAGUGAUUUUUACGGCGGCAAUCGCGGAGGCGAUAGUAAUGCUAGCACUAAUACAUUCAUACAAGAUAGAAAAAAAUCAGUAGAUUAUUCUGAUGUUCAUGACGACGCUGUUAGUUUUAAAUGUACCCGUGAUUAUCAGACCAAUGAAUCAAAGAAAAAAUUCAUUCGCAAGCAUGGAUUCGUAUCACAAAGUGAUACAAUUAAACAUGCAACAACAGCAGUUAUGGAAGAAAAUUAUGGUGGCAUACGUUUUACCUUGUUUGAAGAUAGUGAAACCGAUGCAAAAAUGGAUAGCAUAUCUCAGAAACUAGAAAUGAAUCUUAUUUCUCCACAAACAGCACCUUCUGACUUGCUAUCACAUAAGAAACAAGAAAAAUCUGCUUAUUAUGACGAUAGUAUUAGUCUUCCAAUUGUCCAUGAAAAUCAAUAUACGGCAUAUUAUCCUGAAAUAAAUAAGCUCCAAACUGAACAACAAGAAUCAUUUUCACCUGUAAUUCGUAACAAGACAGUUUCUACUCGUCGUCAAAUAGUAACUCUCUCAUCACGCCGAGAUAUUACCGAAAAGAAUCUUCUGAAUUCGACUCCUGCUACAACAUCAAUACCUUUCUCUCAAACCAGUACUAUCGAUACAAGUAACAGUGAUUUUUCACUUAGUGUUUUUUUUCCUGAAUCAUCAUCGCUAAAUUCCCCUACUAUUAACACUAAAGUCCAUACCACUGCAAUAGAAGCACCACCGCCCCCACAACAUUCUCCUCUUCCUGGAUUAUUUUCAUUCGGUUUAAGCAGCACUAGCUACAAUGGAGAAGCUCGUACUACCUCGAAAGAAAUCAAUCCUAAUCAAAUAUAUUCCAGUUUGAAUUUGUGUAAACCAUCAUCUACUGAGACUCUAUGUUUGUCCACGCCAGCCGCAUAUGAUACAAGCAACAACAACAUCAACAAUCUGAUUGAACCUGCUCAUGCGACCCAAGGAUUUAGCAGUUCACCAAUACUGCCUAUUGCGCCUCCGUCACUAUCUGCUCCUCAAGCACCAUUUUCUUUUGCUUCAUAUGGAAGUGCCAUAAGCAGCAACCACAGUCUCUUCGAAGGCAAUCAUAAAUUCAGCGGAUUCGCUUAUAAUUCAACAAUACCUGCUGUAGCACCACAGCUACAUGUUGCUUCUCAAGCAUCCUUUUCUUUUGCUAAUGUUGGAAGUACAAUAAGCAACAACAACUUGUUCCAAGGUACUAACACAUUUAAUGGAUUCGGUAGUACUUCAACUACACCUGCUCCUCAAACAUCAUUUUUUCUCCUCACUCAUCAAGUGCCAUAA